AUGGCGUUCAUCCGAGUACUCAAGAGCAAGGCCUACUUCAAACGCUACCAGGUCAAGUACCGCAGGCGUAGAGAAGGAAAGACGGAUUACUACUGCCGUAGACGUCUAGUUUUACAAGACAAGAACAAAUAUGCAUCGCCAAAGUACCGCUUUGUCGUCAGGUUUACUAACAAACGCAUCAUAUGCCAAAUCAUAUCCGCAACUAUAGUCGGAGAUAAGGUACACGCCUACGCCGACUCCACGGAGCUCAAGCACUACGGUGUCAAGGUCGGACUGACCAACUAUGCCGCCGCAUACUGCACCGGACUUCUGCUAGCACGUAGAUUGCUCACACAACUCAAACUCGACAACCAAUUCAUCGGGAAAGUAGAACCUGAUGGAUCCGCUUUCCAUAUCGAGGAAGAGGAUGGUGAGAGGAGACCAUUCAAGGCAUUGCUUGAUGUUGGAAUCAAGAUCGUCACCACAGGAAACAAGGUUUUCGGAGCCUUGAAAGGCGCAUGUGAUGGAGGAUUGCAUAUACCACACAGCGAAAAGAGGUUCCCAGGAUACUCUGUAGGAGAUGACAAACAGUCAAAGUACGACGCUGAAGCCCACCGCGAACGAAUCAUGGGUAUUCACGUCGCUAACUAUAUGCGAGAGAUGAAGGAAGAGGACCCAGAGAAGUACAAGAAACACUUCUCGGCUUUCCUCAGAGAGGGAAUUAACGAAGACAACAUUGAGGAGAUGUACACGCAGGCCCACGCUGCUAUUCGCAAGAACCCUAUUGUACCAAAGACAGAGAAACCUGCGCCAGCCAGAACCAUCAAGGGACACACUGUUGUCACCGCAGAUGGAAAGACUUACGUACGCAACAAGAAGAUCACAAAGGCACAACGCAGGGAACGUGUCAAGCAAAAGAUGCUCAUGUGCGCGCAAGUCGAAGCCUAA